CCCUGCCCUCCGCCCGGCCCCUCCUGCCCCGGUGCGGCUCGUUUCGCAACUGUGCGCUCGCCCCGUGCCCAGCUGUUUUCCAUUUCCCGGCCCCCUCUCCCGAGUACUUUAACCGCAGCCGGUGGGAGAGGGGCUGGACAGGGGCCGGGUGCCGCGGCCGCAGCAGCACGAGGAAGCGAGGCCCGGAGCAGCAGGACGGUCGCCCCACCUCGAGGAGGAGACCCCACGCCACCCAGUCCCGUCCCCGCCCGCCCCGCCCCUGCGCGCACUCCCUCCCGGGCGAGCUACUUUCGGACGAGGAAAGUGAGGGCGGCCCUGGGUGACAGCGCCGCGGGGCCAGUCCCGGGGAAGCCGCGCGUCUGCUCGCGUCCUGCCCGCCGCGCUCCCAGCCAGGGGCACAGCCCGCGCGAGGAUGGCUUCGACCACCACCUGCACCAGGUUCACGGACGAGUACCAGCUUUUCGAGGAGCUCGGAAAGGGGGCAUUCUCAGUGGUAAGAAGAUGUAUGAAAAUCCCUACUGGACAAGAAUAUGCUGCCAAAAUUAUCAACACCAAAAAGCUUUCUGCUAGGGAUCAUCAGAAACUGGAAAGGGAAGCUAGGAUCUGCCGUCUUUUGAAGCAUCCCAAUAUCGUACGACUUCAUGACAGCAUAUCAGAAGAAGGCUUCCAUUACUUGGUCUUUGACUUAGUCACUGGAGGGGAACUGUUUGAAGACAUAGUGGCGAGAGAAUAUUACAGUGAAGCGGAUGCCAGUCACUGUAUACAGCAGAUUCUAGAAAGUGUAAAUCAUUGUCACCUAAAUGGCAUAGUUCACAGGGACCUGAAGCCUGAGAACUUGCUUUUAGCUAGCAAAUCCAAGGGAGCAGCUGUGAAGCUGGCCGACUUCGGCUUAGCCAUCGAAGUCCAAGGAGACCAGCAGGCGUGGUUUGGUUUCGCCGGCACGCCUGGAUAUCUGUCCCCAGAGGUGCUGCGCAAGGACCCCUAUGGCAAGCCGGUGGACAUGUGGGCGUGCGGUGUCAUCCUCUACAUCCUCCUGGUGGGGUACCCCCCUUUCUGGGACGAGGACCAGCACAGACUGUACCAGCAGAUCAAGGCUGGCGCUUACGACUUUCCGUCACCCGAGUGGGACACAGUGACCCCCGAAGCCAAAGACCUCAUCAAUAAAAUGCUGACAAUCAACCCAGCCAAGCGCAUCACAGCCUCGGAGGCCCUGAAGCACCCCUGGAUCUGUCAACGUUCGACUGUGGCUUCCAUGAUGCACAGGCAGGAGACGGUCGACUGCUUGAAGAAAUUUAAUGCCAGGAGAAAACUGAAGGGCGCCAUCUUGACCACUAUGCUGGCGACCAGGAACUUCUCAGCAGCCAAGAGUUUGCUGAAGAAACCAGACGGCGUCAAGAUCAACAACAAAGCCAACGUGGUAACCAGCCCCAAAGAAAAUAUCCCCACCCCGGCGCUGGAGCCCCAAACUACUGUAAUCCACAACCCUGACGGAAACAAGGAGUCAACCGAGAGUUCAAAUACCACAAUUGAGGAUGAAGAUGUGAAAGCACGGAAGCAAGAGAUCAUCAAAGUCACUGAGCAGCUGAUCGAAGCUAUCAACAACGGGGAUUUCGAGGCAUACACAAAAAUCUGUGACCCAGGCCUUACUGCUUUUGAACCUGAAGCAUUGGGUAAUUUAGUGGAAGGAAUGGACUUUCAUCGAUUCUACUUUGAAAAUGCUUUGUCCAAAGGCAACAAACCCAUCCACACGAUCAUCCUGAACCCGCACGUGCACCUGGUGGGCGAGGACGCCGCCUGCAUCGCCUACAUCAGGCUCACGCAGUACAUGGAUGGCAGCGGGUUGCCCAAGACCAUGCAGUCGGAGGAGACGCGCGUGUGGCACCGCCGGGACGGCAAGUGGCAGAACGUCCACUUUCAUCGCUCGGGGUCGCCCACCGUCCCCAUCAAGCCUUCCUGUAUUCCAAACGGGAAAGAAAACUUCUCAGGAAGCACCUCUUUGUGGCAAAACAUCUAAGGCCUGAAAACCACUGACAUGUGGGUCUUCUUCUAAGUCUCCACCGAGCUCCUCCUGCAUCCUCCGUCUCCAGGCGCCCGGCUGGCCCCCGGCCCGUCUCCUCCUCUUCAUGCGUGUCACCGAGUGCAUGGAGCGGUGAGGUCGUCCGCGGCACGCACCGUGACCCAUCCUCUCGUGUUCCUUCCUGUACAUUGUUUACACGUAACUGGGGGUGUCCCUGCUCACCCGAAUCACUGUUGGCAAACAAUAGGGGGCGGUCAGAGUUCCAAGGACAAGCUGUCGGUCACGUUUCUCCGUUUUAUGCCAAGGUUCAACAGACUUCAGAGUUAUCGUCCUCCGAGUGAGUUUGUAAGAGCAAUGUCAACUUUUAAACUCUUCACUGUUCAUCUGGUUUUGUUCAUUUGACAACAAAAAAGAAGCCCUCAGUUUGCUGGUGUGACCCUGGCCUAAUUGGGUUGGGCACUGAGCGCUUUGCUGCUGUUUAGCCAUUAAAGAGGGUUGUGGUGGGCGACAUCCCCGAGAGCGGCACCGUGGGAGUCGCUGGGCCGCCGCCACCGAGGUGCGGCAUUCCGGUGGCUCCACGUAAACUGGAAAACUCCUUACCGAAGAGUUUGCUCACGCCCACACGGCUCGCCCAACCGACCCCUCCCCCCUUUUCUGCCGUCUCUCCGUUUUCUCCUAUCGCCUGGUUCCUGCCGUUUGCCUCCCUUUUCAUUCUCCCUUCCAUUUUCUUCCUUUCUUUUGUUUUUGGUUUCAGUAGCGUGUGAGCAAGCGAAACUGUCUUAGUGAUAGUGACGGGCUUUGGGGAGGUGAUGGUUCAGGGUGCUCUCCGGGCCCAGGAAAGCGCGGACAUCUUAGGGUGUGGAGAGCCCCCCGGGCUCCAGUUUGAACUGGAGGGGCCCGAGUGCUUCACCGUCGGCGCGGGAGGCUGCCCCCCGGUGUCUCUGACGCACCCCGCCAGGGGCUUCCGAGCUCUGGGGGCCCCCCGGCCUGCCGAGUUUUCUGAACCGAGAGCGCCCGUGCGAGCUUUCCCUGCUCACAGCGUGCUGAACUUGAUCCUCGUGACCUGCGCUUUGUUAGCUCCUCUCGUGUCAGCACCCUGCCUCCCUGCGAGGCGCUGGGAUUUUCCAGUUCAGUCAGCAAAGGGAAAUCGCCCUGUUUCUGUUACGCUUCUCAUUGCGCCUUUGCUCAUCCAAUCCUUGGCAGCUUCUUUCACGCCCCUGAAGUGCUGUAUAGCGCAUGGUAUCCUCAUCAAUGUUAUUUUGAGAAUAGCAAUCUGCAGUCCUCAGAAGCCUAUUUUCAAACGCAGAAGCAAAAAAAGAAAAAAAAAAAUCCCUCCCCACUUUUCUCUCAUUUCCUUCCGUGUUGAUUAUACUAAUCACCUUAGAUAUUGUUGCUAGUGGAUGUACGGUAGAUGGAUUGAAGCUUUUCUGAUACAUAUUACACGAUUUAAAACAAUAUAUAUUUAAAAUAAAUAUAUACAGUCAGUGCAUUGAGCCAUGUUAACCUGCCAAUGAGAUCUGUGAAGAAGUAAUGGCCUCAUUUCCCUUGUUACUUUACCUUUUUGUGAAGCGGCUACACGUGGCAUACAUGUAUUUUAAAACAAAAACAAAAUAGGUAUAGAGUGGUGGUUUGUUUUUUUUUGUACACUUUUAACUGAGCAUGUGGUGUGGAAUUAUUAGCGUAGAUCAAGUUUGUCUUCCUCACGCAGAGGUGAGGAACUUGUGAUUUGUUCUCUCCACCACAACUGAAUUACACGUUUAUUAUCUUCUAUCAUUUUGAAACACUGCAGUUUACCAUGGGACACUGUAUAUAUUUCUUGCCAUAAUGGUAAAUGACUGAUUGAUAUAUUUAAGAGUUAAUAAAUUUGUGAUUUCUGCCGACA